AGAGAAAAGAGGGAGAGAAAGAAAGAAAAGAGACUGUUCGUGUUUCUCAGGCGGAGUUCACCGUUGGAAUUCAUCGUCUACUUUCUGUAGUUUUUUUUUUUUUUUUUUAGGAUUGCUGGAGGAGAGAAAGGAGCAAGAAAACGACGCUAGCGAGCAGAUGUUAUAGCCGGACUACCCCUCUGUUUCCAGCCCGAGAUCGCGCUUAGAUAUCCGGUAAAAUGUGGCAGCCUGCGUCGGAGAGAUUGCAGCAUUUGCAGUCCAUGCUGAAGACCAAACUUAACGUGCUGACACUCCGAAAGGACCCACUGCCUACGGUGAUCUUUCAUGAGCCAGAAGCCAUUGAGCUGUGUUCCACCACACCUCACACCAAGAACCGCUCACACACCGGAUACAAGGUGACUUACCUUGGCAAGGUGACGAUCUCCGGCACUCAGUUCCUGUCUGGCUGCACGGAGUCAGCAGUUGUGGGAUUGUGGGACACAAAGCGAAAGUCUUUCACCCACGAUGACUCCAUCACCUCUACAAAUGCCAUACUGGAGAUCCGCCCAUUCCAGGUGCGACUGCAGCACCUGGAUGGGCGGGGCGAGGCUACGGUUGCCAUGGACACCUUCCAGGUGGCUCGCAUCGCGUAUUGCACGGCGGAUCACAACGUAAACCCAAACGUGUUCGCGUGGAUCUACCGGCAAAUCAACGACGAUCUUACAUUCCAGAUGGACUGCCAUGCUGUGGAGUGCGAGAGUAAAUUAGAGGCAAAGAAACUCGCUCACUCCAUGAUGGAAGCCUUUAAGAAAACCUUCCACAGCAUGCGCAGUGACGGACGUAUCCACAAGAGCGGAUCAUCUGACGAGUUUCCCGAAGAAUCGACCACGCCUGAUGAUGGCUGAGGGCGGGGCUGGGCUUCUAUAAAGUGGGGAAAUGGGGGCGUGGCAGUUUGAGAUAGGGCAGGUACUGGUUGGUUGGUACCGUCUUAUUAUCCUUAUCCUUAGAGUCACUCGCUCUCUUUAUCUUUGUGCCAUAAAAGUAUAUUCAGAAAAUGAGUAACGAAAUCACAAAAAAGCCGAUGGAAAUUCGAAUGUAGGGACAGUAAUAGAGAUAGAAAUGAUCAGAACAGUAUUCAAACCAGUAAGCUGACUUUUGCCUUGAUUCUGUCUAUUUUACUAAAGCAUAUAGACGUGUAUUAAAAAGACUUCAGUAAGGUACAACACAUUAUUAUGAAACUUUGAAUCUGAUGGUUACACUCCCACUGGAAAGCUGCUGUUUUAAAUAUAAAGUGAAAAGUUGCAAGAAUUUAUUGCAUCUUGUUUAGUCAAUCAAAAAUUUGGGCAAUUCACAUUCUGUAGGGGUAUUGGAGGGGGGUAUUGGAAGUGACUUUUUAAAGUAAAACAUGGGUCAUUUUUGGAUAACUAGAAGCUUCCCUCUGCGAAGUAUCGUUUCAGAGAAAGAAAUGAUAGAAUUUUGAUAUUUAUGGCAGACAGCCAGCCUAGGGCAUUUGUUUACUGUUAUUGGGCCAUAGACUCAUUACCAAUUGGGACCAGACAUCAAUUUUCUUGUAUUUUAAAGAAUACCAAAAGUUUAGUGUGUGUGUGUGUGUGUGUGCGAUAUAGUGUCUGACUGCCGCUCAUGAGCCUUUUAAUAAUUAUGGAACGGGUUCUCUACAACAAGCUAAAGUGUGCAAGAAGUAUGAAGUAUGCUUGUCUUGUGUAGUUAGUGUGUGCCUGAGGAUGUGUGUGCGUGGUAAAGGGUGUGACAGACGUUCCAGUGAUACAUCAGUAUGACAUCAUGCAGGGCUAUUUCAUUUUAAGGGACACUUCACCUAAAAAUGAAAAGACUCGAUUGUCACUGUCAAGCACCUUUUGUGGUUUAUGUCGUGAGGGCGAGCGAUGACAAAAUGUUCCUUUAAGGCUGAUAUUGUUUUGACUGUGCUGCUUUUUUGUACAAUGAAUUCCUGUUUCCAGUCCUUUAUGAGCAUACAGGGUGUUGGGGGAUCUUUGAAAGAGCUGUGUGAAUGUUUGUGCAGGGUGAGGGAGGUUCCAGGACCCCAAAAACAUAGGUAUCCCAUAGAGUGCCUGUAUAUUCCCCCUAUGCUGAAUGUAUGUCUUUUGUGCUGCAAGCGCUAUAUGUGUACUGGUACUGAAAGCCUUGUUUUAUUAUUUUUUAGAUUUUUAAAUAAUACAUUUGUAUUCGCGGGUAAAUUGAAAGUUGUAGAAAGGUUACGUGUCAUUAUUUGUACAUGGUUUGUACAAGAUGAGAUGUGUGCGUGUGUGAUUUUGUCUCAAAAUAUCACACACACACACAGACGACACUGCUCCACUCGCCUGUGAAAACCCUUUUAUAGGGACAAUGGAUAGUGGAAAACAAAUUGGGGUAAUGAGGAGAUCCACACAUAAUUUGUAUUUCAAUUUUGAAUAAAACUGGAGUCAGAUUUAGGUUGUAUUGGAGUGGAGCUGGUUUCAGGAAGAGCAAGAUUAAGAGAUUUCUGGGUAAAUGGGCAUCUAUAAAUAUAAAGAAAUAUAUAUAAAAGAUAUAUACAGUGUAUUUGAAAAUAUUUCAUUAAGCUUGUGUAAAUACAAAUGUAUCCAUUUUUUUCUUUUAAUACUGCAUUAAAUGUAAGAUAUUUUGAAUGAAGUGAUAAGCACCAUUAAAUGAAUCAGUAUUAUGGCCAACUGUGAAUCUGGAAGGAAGCAAGCCUGUGAGUGAUGAAUUAUCCGGGCAGAUAUGAUGAAAUAAGUGUCUUUUGUUUUUAUUCAUUGCAUUUGAUUUUGUAAAAUUGUAGACAUUCUCACUACAUGUCUUAAUGGCUCAGACUCGCUUAAAUGUUUUGAAAUGUUACCGUAUGUGUUUUUUAAUGCUGUAUUUGCAAAGAAAUGAUCAGUCAUAUAUAAAAUAUUUACCAUGGUAAA